CGUUCGAUUCACCACAGACACUUUUUUUUCUUUUUACUUCUAGCUCCUAAGCGCUGCCGUUUUUCCCUCCUAAGCAACCCUAGAAGACUACUUCAUUCGGCCGCCAUCGUCUUCCUCUUCUCCCUCCAGCCUCUCCUCCCACUUCCUUCUAUCUCUCGCUCUGCCGCCAACCGCCAUACCCCGCCGACGUCAUCUUCCUCUCCCUCCAUCGUCUUCCUCCUGCUAGAAUCAGAAGAGUCCCUUUGAGAGCGGCGAGAGCGAGGCAACCGGCGGCGAUUUCGUCAAAAUGGUGAGUGCAACCAUGGAAGUGGAGGCUCCAGUUCCUGCUCCAGCGCCAGUGACUGGUCCGGUGGAAGUCAAGUUAUUUAACCGCUGGAGCUUCGAUGAUAUCCAGUCCAACGACAUCUCCUUGUCGGACUAUAUCGGCGUCCAAGCGGCCAAGCACGCAACUUUCAUCCCGCACACAGCUGGGAGGUACUCGGCCAAGCGUUUCAGGAAGGCCCAAUGCCCCAUCAUUGAGAGGCUGACCAACUCUCUCAUGAUGCACGGGAGAAACAAUGGUAAGAAGCUGAUGGCCGUCAGGAUUGUGAAGCAUGCCAUGGAGAUCAUCCAUCUCCUAACUGAUCUGAACCCAAUCAAAGUCAUCGUUGAUGCUGUCAUCAACAGUGGUCCUCGUGAAGAUGCAACUAGAAUCGGUUCAGCUGGUGUGGUGAGGCGUCAGGCUGUUGAUAUUUCUCCGCUCAGGCGUGUCAAUCAGGCCUUGUACCUCUUGACCACCGGUGCAAGGGAGUCUGCUUUCCGUAACAUCAAGACUAUUGCUGAAUGCUUGGCUGAUGAGCUCAUCAAUGCUGCAAAGGGAUCCUCGAACAGCUAUGCUAUCAAAAAGAAGGAUGAGAUCGAGAGAGUUGCCAAAGCCAAUCGUUAAGAGAUUUGUGUAUGUUUGCUUGUGUCGCUGGGAAAUGCCUUGAUAAUUUUCCUACUGGUCCUUUAAGUCGAAAGGUUUUUUUUAUGUCAGUUGUUAGUGAAUACCUGGAGUUUGUUUGGAUGGUGGAUGCUACAGUCAUUUAGUUGAUACUUUGAGUAAUUUCAUGCUGUAUCCGACUUUGGUUUUUCUGUUUAUUACUGCAUCCUUAUUUCCUUCUCACCUUAGAAGUACGGGAAGUUGAUUUGUCUUUGUGUCGCGCUCUUAGAUAGAGUCUCGAACGCCAUUUUAGGUAGUAGUUAGUCACAAUUCGGUCUUUUUCUCGUUGUAAUCCCUUGGCAAUGUGAAUCUCGCUCGUGUGUUUCAGAAGCUGAACUACAGUGAAGUGGAUUUUUAAGAACAAAGAUUGACAUUGACUGCUGUAGUCAAGUUCUUAGCAAUGUAAAGUAGACGGUGUUAAGAGCCAAAAAGUUUACCAUAGUUAA